ACGACGAAACGCAAUGAGAAAACAACGGGGGAUGCUAUAGUGAGCACGCUAUCAACAAGUAGUUCUGGUUAAAAGCAGAGAGUUAAAGUGUCUACCUACCUCUGUAUCUACCAAUCUAUUUAAUUGUCUUUUGCUACUCCAACAAUUAUUUAAUUAGUCCGCUGAUGAUUUCUUCCAUUUUAGCCAUCGUCGGGUUUCCUUUCCGCUUUUUUUGGUUGCGCCUAUCACUCCACUUCAAGAGGGAUCAGUGGUACAAAACUUCGGAGCAGCGUUUUGUAAAUUAGCAGCAAUUAACCGCCUGGUAAAUUUAUGAAAUACCCAAUGAAGGUGGUUUUGGUGACAGGGGAAACAAGUUUCGGAGAAACUCUGUAGGAACAAAGGAGUUCAUAUGAGCACUUCUUCAGUCUGAUUUUCGAUAAAAGACUUUCUCUCAAAGCGAUCUCCCUCUGACACAUUGAUUGUCUGCUCAAAUAGGGAAGAUUUGCUCGACAACGUGAACGCCGGCAAUCGACGUUUCAACCAUACACACAGACUAAAAUGGCGUGUGCAAUCAGACAUAAAAAUUCUUUUUAUUACUUUUUAGUUCCCGUCAUACUUGCCUUGGUGCUUCUUUCAUCCACAGUGGUUAGCGGGAGCUUCUGUCAGACACGUUGCACAGGAGGGAGCAGGAAGAGUGAGCUAUGUUUCUACUGUCGCAGAAAUCCGGCUGGUAAAAGAUCAGGAAGCGAGGCCAGUACAAGACAAGAAGAUGGAACUCUACAUGAGAGAGAAAACAGUUUAGAUUUUGGAUCGGCUUUUGACAACUCAGCUUGUGUUUUGGAUUCACUCGCCGCACAAUUACCCGCUGUUUGGCAAGAUAGACUAGUUGAUGUUAUUCGAAGCGCCUUGCAAGAAGACGAUUCGUGGUACUAACUACCUGCUCAUUUAGUGCGGAUAAAAUGGAGUCUACUGCAGAAGGACACAAACAAAAGAACAUGAACUAUGCCGGGAAUUAUUAUUUCAAUCAGAUGAAAGCAUGGGAGCAAACACCGGAUGUUGAUGCCUAGUAACGGAUUCUUUGUGCCUCCAGAAUUGUUGAAAAACGCACAUCAAAGCAAACAAUAUAGACUGAUUUAUUAGAGAUAUAACCAUCUGGCUCAUUGUAUCACCACCACAAUUUUAGUUUUAGGACUGCCAGGAGCUAUUCGCUGAGUCUGCGGCGCGGAAGCUCAGGGUUUAGGUCAUCAGUUAAGGACAUACUUUGACGAUUUCUGCGUUAUUCUUUGAAGUAACGCUCAAUUCUAAAGUGAUAAAAUACUAAAGAAAUAAAAUUUGUUUCAUUACAAAAAAUGCAUCUCCAUUCUAACUGUAUAUACGCACCGUUGUUAUUAAUUCAUUUUUCUUUUCCUUUUCCAUACUCUUACUCUUUCCAGUAUCUGAUUUUAUUUUAAAAACGUUCCAUUAACCUUCUUUAAAAAAAAAUCAUAUAAUAUAUGCCUUUUACACAACACCAUCAAAAAAACAAAUGAAUUAAUACAAUUCUUUAUUUCCUCUCCGACACGAAUUCAACCUGGUAUAUGGUGUUCGCAUAUUCUAUUGUUAUUAUAUAACAACUGUGUUCUAUGUCUAUUCAAUUAUUUGUGUAUUACAAUUGAAUACAUUGUUAUAAUUUCUUUGUUUCGUUCGAAAAUCGAAAAAAUGAAAAUAAAAAAUAAAGAGAUAUCAUCGCUGAAAUAAAAUGUAAUGUUUGUAAAUGUUUUCUCAAACUGUAUAGACAAAGCAAUGUUAAACUAAAUAAAGAUUACAUCCACUUCUGAAAAAUAGUAUUACAAACUUUUUUUUCCAUCUUAAAAUACAUAAUUUUUAUUAUUUCUUCACCUAUCUUAUGCAGAUCAUGAUCCCUACUUGUUUUCUUCAUUUAUCUUUAAUAGCCUUUGCUUGAAACGAUUUAAUUAUUAUGUUAUUGAUUAAUGAUUACAGGACAAAAAAACGUUCUUAACAAGUAGCUUACAAUGACAGCAUAAGGAAAGUCCAAGAUUCAAAAUGAUCUUGUGAGUGUCAUGUACUUCGUGUACUCGUAUGGUUUUAUAUGUCAUGUUUUCCUGAAAUGUUCAGGUACAUUUCCCAAUAUGGCCGUACCAACUCUAUUCUGCUUUUAAAGACACUUCCCUUAUAAUCCGUGAGCUGUCUUAUCACUGGGCCCUGUUUAAAAAAAUUGUUAUCAAUAACAAGAUACAAUAACUGUUUUAAGCAACUUAAUUCGUGGCAUUUGAAUGACUGAGACCAACUUUGUCAUAGAUACAUGUACCUAGCAUUUGUAAUUGAUAGCAAGUUUUAUUAAACAGGGCCCUGGCUUUUCUCUGGUAGCCUCUGAGCUUGUUACAUACAUUGUAUUACAAAGUCAAUACUUCAAAACAGAAAGUUUCCGACAUUGGUGCUGUCGUAGAAUGUCACUUAAUGACAUAAGUUGUUGUAGGAAGUUCAUAGGCCUAAUGCCGUGGCACGAUAAUUGAUUGAUUUAUUACCUAUUUUUACUUUUAAGUUUUAUGUAAAAUGUGACUUGGCGCAUCGAGAAACAGACCAGUCAAAACCAGCCGCAGGACCCUGUCAGACUGGAUGAUGCAUUAUGUGCAACGUACAUAUUGCUAUUCCUUGGUAGUCUAUAAGCCAGUGGUCAUAGUUUGCCUGUGCAUGGCCCGGUAGGACUUGUUGACUUCGGAUGUCAAAGUUGUCGGAAGGCAUCAUUGCAAGUUGCCGUAGAUGUGUCUUUAUUUGGCUCCAUACUUCCCGACGACUGCAUGCGUCGCUUCUUAAACUGUACAUUGGGGUAAACUUGGUGGUAGGUUGUUUUAGCAUGCAUGUCGUAAACUAUGUCGUAUAUAGGUGUAGUCCAUACAGUCACAGACAGUCGUAUAAAAGAUUUCCUAGGCGGGACAGAGCCAUUCUGGCCUUAGUUGAAUGGACUCAACUGUAUUAAUUUACUUCUAGAUACUAUGUCCCUUUUGCAGCCAACAUCAAAUUCUGUCGAA